GCGGUCUCUUUUUUUUCGUGAUCUCUCCUCGUACUCGACGCACUUUCUUCCCCCGGGUUCUUGUACGUCGUCGUUCCACGCUUCGCUGACAAGCACGCGCGAUCACGAGUACCGUCGAGGAGCCAGCAAACGACGACGUGAUCGAUCAUGCCAGCUGUACCGGCUGUGGCCGAGGCUGCUGCCCAAUUGGAGGACCUGGAUGAGCCACCAGAGCCUCGAGUUCGCGGGGGCAGCGGGCGAGCUGGCUUGAUGAGGCCGCUGGUCGUCUUAGCACUUCCUGGCAUGUACCUUUUCUACAAGUACAGCCAGUACAGGCGAGAACAGCGCGAAUUGUCGCGGAGAAGGGUCACCGAGAGGGAACUCCAACAUCUUCAUCAUAAAAUCGAUAAACUUUUAACGAAGUUGGAGGAGAACGAGCCAGAGUUGGCCUCCUCGCAGGAAGACGAGUGCGUGAUCUGCGUGAACGCCAGAGCCACGAUGCAGACGGCUCCGUGUGGGCAUCGAGUGGUCUGCAGACGCUGUUUCGUCAAAACGAUACAAAUGGCUGUCUCGCAGAGGCUGCUACCACUGAGAUGCGUCAUAUGCAGAGCGAAGAUCCUGCGUCUGAAGCAGACCCUAAUCCCACGGGACUACUCGAUGUCAGGGAAGUCCUGGGUGCUGCCUCAGAGUGCAUCGGAGUACAACAUGGGCACCGGGGUGCCCGUAGGGGUGUCUGGUCCUGGUGGCAGAUGGGUUCCUGGAAACGUACCAGCCUCUGCAUCGCUGUACUCUAUGGCCAGCGGCUCGUCCUCUAUUUCUGGAGUGUCUUCCGUAUCUUCUUCGAGUUCGUCUUCUGCAAGUAGCACAGGAAGUUCCAACCUUGGGAAAUCUACAAGAGUGAGGCAGCCUUGUAGCGCGAUCUUGAGACGUUCGCAGACGCAAUCCAUGAAAAUGAGGAUUCAGGAGUAUCAGGAUCCCGUUCAGCAAGUCACCGAGGAGGAGGAAGUGAUGAGAGAAAACCGGGAACGUAGAUUGCCACCGAUCAAGGAGUUCCAGAGGGACUAUCGCGCAGGGAAAGCCUCCACUAGGAUACGAUGUGCUCAAAAAAUCGUAACUCAACUAGAGACAUCACCGAGUCCUAGAGGCUCGAGCAGCGGGGCCACCACGACGCUCGCGACGUUAGCGAGGACGUCGACGAAGAGGCCGCAGCCGGCGCCGAAGUUGUCGGUGAUCCAAGAGGUCCAGAAAUCAAAGAAGGAGAAGGAGAGGGAGAAGGAGCGGGAGAAGGCGGAGAAGGCACGGCAGAAGGAGGAGGAGAAGGCGGAAAAGACCAGACAGAAGGAGGCCAAGAAACUGGCCAAGGAGGAGAAGAAGAAAGCGAAGAAGGAAGCGAAAGCGAGGCGAAAGGAGGCCGAGGAGAACCUCCUCAGGGAAGAAAAGUAGUCUUCUGUCGAGUAGGAACAACGUAGAGAGUUCAGAGUGAUCAAUAACGUAUUCGAAUAGCCCGUACGACUCUCGACCCUGAUGGGGACUGAAGGAUUUUGAAUACACUUGAUCUCACCGCCACCGGGAUAUUCGUUCAAGAUGAACUGCAAACCCGGUCGUUGCCGUUAAAAUCAAAGAUCCGCGUGCGUUUUGUAAUCGUUAGGGUUCGCGUAGUUUUCUUCCCCGGGGGCGUGACAACGUCGAACGUAGGCGUUUUGUUCCCGGAAGAAUGGGUUCUCUUUGUCGAAUGUACCGUCGCUUCGUUUCACGGGCAAAUUAGGAUAAGGCGUUUUAACGUUUUAUAAAAUGAAAUAGAAAAAAGCUGGCGGGCGCGUUUGCGACGCAUCUUGAACCACCAACGAUCCCGGGGGGCAGCGAACGUAUAGCGACGGUAGAGAAGUAUACCUAAGAAAACCUAG